AUUCUUGAGAGUUUAUGUUCCAGUGACCCACCAUAGAGGAUGCAGUGGUACCAGUCAAUGAUUUCACUUGCCCUUUUGGCCCUGUGCCUGCACGGUAUCAGUGCCGAAGUGGUGAACCAUAGAAGCUGCCCCGGUGAAGCCAAGUGUGCGAUCAACGAGGUUUCGGUCACGCCAUGCCCGGAAGCGUCGGAAGGAGUUGCUUGCACGGUUUACCGUAAUUCAAACGUUAGUAUCUCGUUCGACUUUACCCCCGAGUUUGCUGCCAAUGAACUGACCGCCGAUGCGUCGUGGACGAAGCCAUCGUUGGAUCUGCCCUUAGUCGGUAUGGACACGGAAGCUUGCAAGCACACACCCUGCCCUACUGAGGCUGGCAAGAAGCAGACGUACACGUAUAAUUUGGCCAUCAAGAAGACGUAUCCUCCGCAACACUAUGACGUCAAAUGGAAGCUAACGAGCGAGAACGGCGAUACCUGUUGCCUGAUCGUGCACAUCAACAUCACCAAGAAGAGGCGCUCGUAGGCAAACACCUAUGUUUCCGUCGGUUAUGAAUAAAUUAUAGGAGCAUUCCAUUUUGGACAUAGUGCAACAUAUUCAGUGGACAAGGUUCAAUUCAACACCAGAAGCCUUUGAAAAAACUAGCGCUAACCGAUAGUUGUAACACAUUACAAUAAAACAACACAAACAC